AUGACAACACGCUGUCAUGCAAAAUUAUCGGUAAUUUUGAUGCACUUGUGCAAUUACUUACGAUAACUUCGGUUUCAAAGUCAUUUCUUACAUUUAUUUAUAAUCGUGAUGUUUUUCAAUAAAUUUUCGAUGAAUUGAUGAAUAUAAUAAUAGAAGAAAAAUGAGGAACAAGUAUAGAAAGAGGAUUGGAUUUACUAAUACUUCUAGACAGUGUUUGCAUUAACACCAUUUGUUAUUAUAAUUAAAAAGAGAGGGGAUCAUAUCAUCAUCCAUACACGUUGUUCAUCCUAGUAUAAAAGCUGAUGGAAGAUUGUACACAAUCAACAGUCAUUGUUUAACCUCCUCAAGUAUGAAAUUACAAGGUAUUGCGGUACUGCUAUUGGCAGGUUUGGUUUUGGCAGAGAAGAAAGAAGAUGCUAAAUCCAUAGAAGCUUCUGACAAAAAGCAGACCAAGAGAGGUCUUUUCGAUUUGGGAUAUGGUGACAGCCACAGUUUGGGAGGAAGUCAUGGAAUCGAAUUGGGUAGUCAUGGUUUGGAUUUUGGUAGCAGUUAUGGAGGUGGUUAUGGAUCACAUGGACAAGUCAAGCAUGUCACCAUCACUAAGGAAGUACCAUACCCUGUUCCCCACCCAGUACCUUAUCCAGUGGAAAAACCAGUACAUGUACCAUACCCUGUUAAAGUACAUGUCCCAGUAGAUCGUCCAUACCCAGUUCAUGUACCCAAACCAUACCCAGUCCCAGUUGUGAAACAUGUACCAUACCCAGUGGAAAAACCAGUACCAUACCCAGUCAAAGUACCAGUUAAGAUUCCAGUGAAAGUACCAUAUCCAGUAGCUGUGCCAAAGCCUUACCCAGUACCAGUACACAAACCUUAUCCAGUGCCCGUUAAAGUUCCUUAUGUUGUUGAGAAGAAAGUACCAGUCCUAAUCCAUGGUCAUGGAGGGUACGAUAGUAUCGAUUCAGGAAGUUACGGGCAUGGUGGUUUCGACUUUGGAAGUUAUCAUCAUUACUUAAUAACCAGUGUUCGAUGGUCAGUCAUUGCUAUCUCAUCCACAAAUAUGAAGCUACAAGGUCUCGUAGUGCUGCUACUGGCAGGUUUGGUUCUGGCUGAAGAUCCAUCAGUUGCUUCGUCUGACAAAAAACAAAUCAAAAGAGGUAUUCUUGGAUUUGCUUUAGGAAAUGUUUUCAGAAGCUCUGCACCAAAACCAGUGACUAACAACUUGAACCAUGGUGACAUCUAUGGAAACGACCAUAAUGAGCAUGGUGAAGUCAAACAAGUCACUAUCACCAAAGAAGUUCCGUAUCCUGUUCAUCAUCCAGUACCUUAUCCAGUAGAGAAGAAAGUUCAUGUUCCAUACCCUGUCAAAGUCCAUGUUCCAGUUGAUCGUCCAUACCCAGUUCAUAUCCCCAAACCAUACCCAGUGCCAGUUGUCAAAAAAGUUCCAUAUCCAGUCAUAAAACGUAUUCCAUACCCUGUCAAAGUUCCAGUUAAGGUUCCAGUUAAAGUACCUUAUCCAGUAGCUGUGCCCAAACCAUACCCAGUGGUAGUACAUAAGCCAGUCGCAGUGCCCGUUAAAGUUCCUUAUGUUGUUGAGAAGAAAGUACCAGUCCUGAUCCAUGGUCAUGGAGGGUAUGAUGGUCACAACAGAGGAAGUUACGGGCAGGAUGACUCGAGCCAUGGAAAUAUGAAGCUUCAAGGUCUUGCUGUUCUGCUUCUGGCAGGUUUGGUGCUAGCUGAUAAAAAAGAAGAAACUAAAUCAGUUGAAUCAUCUGACAAAAAACAAAACAAAAGAGGCCUCUUCGACUUGGGUUAUGGUGGUGGACAUGAUUUCGAUCUUGGAGGAAGCCAUGGCAUCGAAUUGGGAGGUCAUGGUUUGAUUGACCUAGGCACAAGCUACGGAGGAGGACAUGAUAUCCAUAGUGACAUCAAACAUAUCACAACCAUCACCAAGAAGGUACCAUAUCCAGUACCACAUCCCGUACCAUACACAGUGGAGAAGAAGGUUCCAGUACCAUAUACUGUCAAAGUACCUGUCCCAGUCGAUCGUCCAUACCCUGUACAUGUACCAAAACCAUACCCAGUCACUGUGCACAAGCCAGUACCUUACACCGUGGAAAAACCAGUACCAUACCCAGUCAAAGUAGCUAUUAAAGUUCCAGUCAAGGUACCAUACCCAGUAUCAGUACCAAAACCUUACCCAGUAACAGUACACAAACCAUACCCCGUGCAUGUUAAAGUUCCAAUUGUAGUUGAGAAGAAAGUACCAAUCUAUGUAAAAGGACAUGGUGAUUUCGACGAACACUACGGUGGAAGUUACGGACAUGGGGAUUUUGAUCUUGGAAGCUUCCAUCAUUAGACAAUGACUGAUAACAAUUUAUUUUUCCUCAGAACUGUUGUUACUUUGUUACUUUUUGUUUCAUCUCAUCUUCCUAUUUAUUUACAUAUUCAAUAAAAUUUAUUCUUUAUA